AUGCCAUCAGCAGCUACUGCGGGGAUAGCAUCAACGCCAGCUCAAACGCCGGUAGUACAUGCAGCAGCAGCGCCGGCAGAGGGAGGACCCCGAACAGAAGAACCAGCUGCAGAAACCGCAGGAGGGGUUUUAGCAGGAGACGAAGUCGCAGCUGCGAGAAGGGGGUUAGGAGUGGAACGGCGUGAAGGAGAAACAGUUGAAGGGGACCCACUACGAAUCCCGGGUGCUGAAGCUGAGAGAGAAUCGCAACGAGAAUCGUUGCCUCUUUUUCAGUUACACCGUGUCUCUUUUGCACGUGGGGGGAACGUGGAGCCUAGUGGGGAGCUGGAGCGAUGGCUCAAGAGGCAGGAAAGUCAACAGAGUCAACAAAUUCUGGAACGGUUGGGGAGUCAACAAUCACGGAGACGGGACAGGAGGGCUGGCAAGGACGGGGAAGUGGAGGGGGAGAAGGAAGGGGGGUUGGUGGAUGAGAAGGAAGAAGAGGAGGGGGUGGAGAAGGGGGAGGGUAAUGAGGAGGGGGAGGGUAAUGAGGAGCGGGAGAGAGUGAACAAGAGGAGGAGAGAGCGCAACGAGCAGUGUGAACAAGGUGACGGACGGGGAGAGAGAGAUGGGCGCGCAUGGGAUUAUUCAUGUCCUUCUCCAGAGCAGCUGCUGUGCUCGCAUGUUCAAAGAUUCAAGUCCAUCCGCAGAAGUUAUCAAGAGGAAUUUAUCGGCAGAGCCAGGAAAUGUUUGAAACAGCUAGAAGAGAUAUUGAUUCCAUCAGUAGGCCAUGCACAAUUUCCGUCUCAUGUGCUACCAUCCAUUGACGACUCCUGUAUUAUGCGCCAACUAGGAAUAGCCAGCCACAUAAAGUAA